AUGUCGGGGAGGGCCCUCAUUCUAUUGGUGUCUAUAUCAGUACUGAAUAUCGAUGCUCUCCGAGUCUACAAUACCAUUGUAGGAACCCAUGCGAGGGAAAAUGGUAGCAAAACACUCUACUAUAUGGACAAAUUACUUCAAAAAGGUCCUUCGCAUAAGUGGCAGGAGAAAAAUAAUAACGUGUCAGAAAAGCCCGCGUAUAAUGCUGGUACAACCGUCUCGUGCUGUGAUAGUAUCCUG